AUGUCUUUGAAUGGAGAUGAUGAUGAGAAGAAGUUCCGAAAGAAAAUCCGCAAACCAUCAUUCAAAUAUGCCAGACAGUUUUCGGAUACUCUUAUUGGCGCUCACAUGGGUAAGGCUGACGUAAUUCUUAAUAAACCAAUUAUUGUCGGUGCAUCCGUUUUAGGUCUCAGUAAACUCCAUAUGUAUAGAUUUUGGUAUGAUUACGUAAAAGAUAAAUAUG